CCACAACCUAUCACAUCAUUUCUUCAACUCUCAAAGAAAACAGGGAAACAGAGCAAAAAAACAGAGAUACUUUUUUUUUUUUUUGGGAAAGGCAAAAAAACAGAGAUACUAGGAAAAACAUUUCCUUUGUUUGAUUCUGAUAUACAAAGAAAAAUGGCUGAGAAGACCCAGCAAGGGUAUCCGCUGGCUCCGGCGAAUGGCUACCCGAGGAGUGACGAAGAGGCAGCGAGCAUCCAGGCCAUGGAACUGAAACGGAAGAAAAGAAUCAAAUGGGCAGUCUACAUCGCCGCCUUUGCGGUGUUCCAGACCAUCAUCAUCCUGGUUUUCGCACUGACUUUCAUGCGCAUCAGGAACCCUAAGGUGAGGUUCGGUACAAUCGACAUCCAAAGCUUCCAAACCACCUCCCCUACAGGAGCUUCCCAGGCGUCAUUUGACAUGAGAUUCAUCGCACAAGUUACAGUAAAGAACACGAAUUUCGGUCACUACAAGUUCGAUAACAGUACUAUGAAGUUUUUGUACGAUGGGGUUGAAGUAGGACAGGCAAUCAUACCCAAGGCCAGGGCUAGGGCUCGCUCGACCAAGAAGUUGGAUGUAACGGUGGAACUGAAGUCUAAUGGGUUGACGAAUACUUCUACGCUCGGAACAGAGCUGAGUUCCAAUGUGCUGACGUUGUAUAGUCAGGCCAAGGUGACCGGAAAAGUGGAACUGAUGAAGGUGAUGAAGAGGAAGAAAUCGGCGGAGAUGAAGUGCACUCUAGUCUUCAGUUUGCAGACUAAGACGGUCCAACAAUUGAAGUGCAAGUAGAUCAAAAUAUGGGAAUUUCGGUGUAUUUUCUUAAUGCUUGUUCCUCUAUCAUGCCUGAUUUGAGUGCAUUCCCGCCUUCCACUUGAUGUGACAUUUUCAUCUUAUUUUUAUUUUUUUUAUUAUUGUUGAUUUUACAGAAAUAAAUAUAAAAUUAUCUA